AUGGAUCCUAAAGCCAACUCUGAGACAGCAUCCUCCCCCUCUGCAUCUGAAGACCCUGCAUUGGAGCAGGGGCUCUUUCUGUCCAGCCCUCAGAGUCAAACAGAAGGUGGAGCACCGAUCUUACUACAGCUGUUGGAGUUUAAAACUCAUCUACAGGAGGUCGUAGAGGAGCUGCAUAUUCGACGGGAUGCAGAGAUGCGGUUUGAGGAUGAGAUCAGUAAGCUUGCCCUGGAGAAACAGGAGCUAGAGUGGGAGAAGGAAUCUCUUCAACAUCAAAUAGAAACCAUAACAAAACAGCACACUGAAUCACUCAGCACUGUGAGGAAAGGGUUUCAGGUCAAAUUACAACACGCCGAGGAGGAGAAGGGGAAAUACCAGGUCAGUGCCGAGUUAAAGGACAAGGAGAUUAACAAUUUGAAGGAAGAGCUGAAGUCAUUGCAGUUGCUGAAAUACAACUUGGAGAAAAAAUCCAGUGAGCUGGAACAGAAACUAGCCCUACAGAGUCGGACCAAAGAGAACCAUCUGAACCAACUGGCAGAGGUGGAAAAAAGAUUCAGCCUCCUUUCCAAGCAGUGUGCCCUGGUCAAGCAAGCUCAUGAUAAACUGGAGCAGAAUGUUGAUGAGGCCAUGAAGAUGAAUAGCAAGUUGACUACUGCCAGUCAAAAACAAGAGAGAAUCAUUGUUUCACUUAAGAAGGAGUUAGAGGAAGUCAGUAAGAAGCUCAUAAAGGAAAGGAUGAAACUGGUCGCACAUGAAAAGACCCCGAGUCCUUCAGGGAGGGUACAGCUUGUACAAGAGCUGCAACAAAAACUCAACAUGGAGACUGAAAUGAACAAGAAAUUAAGGGAGGAGAAUGUUGCAGAACGAACAGAAAAGCAGAAGCUGAUGAGGUCCCUGCAGCACAACCAGCAGAUGAUGCUGAGUCAGACACAGACAGUUAGGAGACUGGAACAAGAGCUAGAGAGUCAAAUAGUGAACUUCCAGGCCCUUAAGCAAGAACAGGAAGCGAUGCGAGGGGAUAGAAAGGCAAUGGAAGACAAAGUGGCAGAACUGACUGAGAGCUACGCCGCUUCCAAGAUGAGCUGGGACAAAGAGAGGGCAACAUUUCUGCAUCAAAUUAAGAGUGAGCAGUCAGACCUUCAAGCUAUGAAAGAGGCUUAUGAAGACAUUCAGCAGAAAUGCUCAGAUAUGACCUUGAAGGCCAACUCUCAGGGAAAUCAAACAGAAAAACAGGAGAUGAAAGACAGCAGUCAAAGUCCCCUUUUUCCAACCCAGCUGUUCUUCUUAGUUGCGGAAGGCUUCAGAGCUGAGCAAUUUCCAAACAACCCAAACUCCAACUCUGAGCUCCCUGACCUCGGCAGUCUACAUCACACUGUUUCCUCUCAGGCCAAAAUCCCAGAUUGUCUGAAGGACACAGGAGCAGCUUCAAAGCUGGCUGCUACCGGAGCAAGUGGAGAUCAAGACAAGUCGAAUUCUCAGCAACAAAUGAUUCAACAGAUCUCUGAUCUGACUAGAAAUGUCCCUGAAACCUCUGAAAAACCCACUGGAACCUGUCUUAAUAUAUCAGACCCUGGAUGUGUCUCCCUAGAUGGAUCAGAAAUACCAAAUUAUGAUGCAAAUGAUAAGGAAGACCAUGGAAGGGAAGAUACCAAACAUGAAACCAAGGAUACAGAGGAGGGAAAUGAAACAUUUCGAAAAGAGGAUGUGAGAAGUGAAAGAAAUGCAGGAGAAAAAAGGACAAUCCCAGUUGAAACGGCAGAUAGAACAGACACGUACAGGGUUAACGAGGGGUCAGCAAAGGCAACAGAGAAGACCAGUACCCCAGAAACAGAAACAAGAGAUAGAGGAGAGGGAGAAGUAACAGAUGGAGCAAAAGAGAGAGCACAGACGUUAGAGCAUGCAGCAGUGGCUGCAGAAACACAGAUACCAGCUCUGACAACCGCUGAUAUGGCUGAAGCGAGCGCCGCAGUGCAGGUCAAUGACUUCAUGGACAAUGAGCUGCUGUCAACCGUCUGUGAACCCCUGAACUCCGCAGAAAGUGUUUCUCAGAAAGUCGCAGGGAAUCUAAACGAUACAUUUAGUGUGAACGAAGAAGCACACGAAGAACAGCAAAGUGUCGAUGCUGAAGAUGAGCGACAUGAUUUAACUGGAGUGGUUCAGACUUCAUGUCCCGAAGCUAAGCCGAUGAGCAGUCAGUUGAUCCCACCUUGUCUUAUUCCAGGUGAGAACCAAUUCGGGGAAACAUCCAAUGAUCUUCCUGACAGAUAUUCUGAAAUCUCAAAACAGUUGAAUGCAUCCACCUCCCUGACCAACCCUGCACUGUUUGCUCCUGAGUUUGAGCAAAACAACAACGUCGAGGGCUGCCAAACCAACCAAACAGAAACGGAAACAUGUAAUCCAUCAAACGUCGAUGCUAAUAUGACCCAAGAAGAGGAAAAUACUGGUUUAUCUGUGAGUAAAGAAUCUGGGUUAAUGAGAGAACCAACCCAGGAAGUAUUAGCAAAGGAGGGUGUGCAGCUGGCAUCUCCUGUGGCUGAUGAUAAAGAGGAUGCUCAAAAGAGGAAGAAGACACAGCCAAACGUAAACACAUGCAAAAAUACUUGUAUACCUUCAUUAACAUCCAGUUUAAACAACGCAUCCCUGGAGGUUAUUCUUAAACCAGAUGUUUGUACUGGAAAAUCUCAGGAGCAAACAAAACCCAAUUCACCCAAAGAUGUAGGAGAUAAAGAGAAACCUGUAAAGACAGACGAUAUGAAGCUCCUUGUUCUGCGGAGUCAUGACAACAAGGAAUCAUCAGAGACGGACAGUUUGCAACUUCCUCAGAUGGCUGCAAAAGAGAAGAGACAUGAAGCCUCCUCUGAUUUGUCCCUGUUGAACAAAAAUAGCUUCAGGCCCCUGUUCGAUUGGGGGACAACUCAGAGGACGACCUCUAGCUCCAGAGAGAAGUCAGAUGACUUCAUCCUACAACAGUUAAGCCAGGGAGCCCAAACAUCUGGACCAGAUACUGCAGGACAUUCCCAGAGAAAGAUAGCCAUGUUCAACCCCAGCAGGCUCAACAAAGUUCCCCUUCUCUUCACAAGAGAAUCUGACAUGUUUAGUGCAGCCUGUUUGACGAGUCAGCGGAAGGAGAGUCAGGGCAUAAAGGAGGAGACCUGGAGGAAGCCAGCAGCAGAAACGGACAAGAGAUCUUUUUCUGUCGGUUCUUUUCCAGUCGCCUCCUCUUCUAACACAAGCAGCAAAGGCUCAUGGGAGAAUAAUCUGGAAUGUAGCAAAGCUGCAAGCCUGACUUCUGCUCCGGCCUCUGAAUCAGACAUGACUGAACUAUCCUGCUCCCAAGAGAGGGAAACCCAGCAGUCAUCCUUUAGAGCACAGAUCUCUAAGAUCGAACAAUUUCUGAACAGCGAGAGGCUGCGUUUUCCCAAAAGACGUCGAACUGACAACUGAUCAGAGCCGACGUUUCCUCCUCUGAUACACGAGAAAUCUUUUCAACAAGUUUGUUUGUUUAUAGCAACAUAGGCUUACAUUUUUUCAUAGAUCCUCUUGUUAUAAAAUAACCUUUUAAAUUUGCAUCAGUUGACUAAUUUUUGUCAAACCUUAAGAUUAAUUCUGCUGUUUUAGAAAUAUUUUCUGUUUGUGCAGAAAUCUGUGUUGCUUGUUCAUUAUAAGAUUUGUGCAGCUGUGUUAAGAGGAAAUUAAUAUUAAUUAACCUAGAUGUAAAAACGUCUGUAUGGAUUUUGUUUUCUGUGAUUUUAACAUGAGGAUUGGAUUCAAAGUAAGCAGAUUUUGAGACACUUUUCCCUGUUGUAUUUAAGAAGAUUGUUCAUUGUAAUU